AGCUUUGGAGGUUUGGAAGAGGAUACUCCGAGAAUUAAGGAAGGGGAGUGCCUGAGGGCAAAAAAAAGGCCCUGUCUGGGAAGAACCUGUAGCCAUUGGGGUUUGGUGAUGGAUGGUGAGACAUUAAUGCCCCUGGGAGAAUGGAAGGGCCCCCUAGAGGGUUGAUUCAUCCCAUCCUCGAGUCUUUCACAAACCAGGAUGUUGGUUUCAAGAGCCCUGAGACUUGUAACCAAGCGUGCACUUUCCACUACUGUUUGCAUGCAAGCUCAUGGACGUGUUAUUGCAAAAUUUGAUUAUUCACUUCCACAAUAUGUUGACCGUAAGGAUGAGCCCCUUUCAGCCUUUGAUUUUGUGGGACAGUUGUCAGGAGAGCAGAAGUCCUUGAAGGAGAAGGAGAAGAGUUCCUGGGUUUCUCUUUCUCGUGAAGAGAAACUGAAAUUGUAUCGCAUUCGCUUUCAGCGGAGUUAUGCUGAGUUGGACAAGUCAUCAAAUGAAUGGAAGACUGUUACUGGCGCACUCUUUUUUGUGAUUGGUUUCACCGGGUUGAUGUUCCUAUGGCAAAGACAUUUUGUGUAUAAACCUGUUCCUCACACCUUUGAUGAUGAAUGGAAGGCUAUGCAGACAAAGAGAAUGUUGGACAUGAGGAUGAACCCAGUUCUUGGCGUUUCUUCAAAAUGGGACUACGAGAAAAAUACGUGGAAGUAAUGAAUGUAUCAAGGAAGUAAAUCUACACUGGAAUUCUUAAUACUUGUUCAUGUAUGAGCUUUAGUGUGUUCAAGAGUUAGCUUAGAAUUUGGAGUUGAUCUGUAAAUUUGGUAAUAAACUCGUUUAUGCGUGUG